GGAAGCGGCGCGGUGACAUUUCCUGCCGGGCCGCCCCCGGAGCCGCUGCCCGAGCGGGGCCCAGGAUGGCAGCGCUGGGAGAACCAAGUCAGUUUUCACAAACACUGAACGGAAUUCCUCCCUCAAACCCAGUCAGCAGUGGAAUGGACCCCUUCCAUGCCUGUAGUAUCCUGCAACAGCUGAAGACCAUGUAUGAUGAAGGACAGCUGACAGAUAUUGUGGUGGAAGUGGAUCAUGGGAAAACAUUCUCUUGUCACAGGAAUGUUCUUGCUGCAAUCAGUCCUUAUUUCAGAUCGAUGUUCACGAGCGGCCUUACCGAGAGCACCCAGAAGGAAGUUCGGAUAGUUGGUGUGGAAGCAGAGUCAAUGCAUUUAGUGUUGAACUAUGCAUAUACCUCCAGAGUAGUGCUGACAGAGGCCAACGUCCAAGCUUUGUUCACUGCAGCCAGUAUCUUCCAGAUCCCUUCCAUACAAGACCAGUGUGCUAAAUACAUGAUUAGUCACUUGGACCCACAGAACUCCAUCGGGGUGUUUAUCUUCGCUGAUCACUAUGGUCAUCAGGAACUCAAGGACAGGUCACAAGACUACAUUCGUAAAAAGUUUCUGAGUGUCACCAAAGAGCAGGAGUUUCUUCAGUUGAGAAAAGACCAACUGAUAAGUAUCCUCAACAGUGAUGAUUUAAAUGUAGACAAAGAAGAACACGUUUAUGACAGCAUUAUAAGGUGGUUUGAGCAUGAACAAAAUAAGAGAGAAGUGCACCUUCCAGAAAUAUUUGCCAAAUGCAUCCGUAUGCCUCUGUUGGAAGAGACAUUUUUAGAGAAAAUCCCUCCCAUGUUUGCACAGGCGAUGGCCAAAAGCUGUGUACAAAAGGGACAACCCAGUGCCAAUGGCUACACACAACGGCUUGGAAUGACCGCUUCUGAAAUGAUCAUAUGCUUUGAUGCUGCCCACAAACACUCAGGAAAGAAGCAAACAGUGCCUUGUUUCGAUUCGGUCACAGGGAGAGUGUUUAAACUAUGCAAGCCACCAAAUGACUUGAGGGAGGUCGGAAUUCUCGUGUCUCCUGACAACGAUAUUUACAUUGCGGGUGGUUACAGACCGAGCAGCAGCGAGGUCUCCAUCGACCACAGAGCGGAGAGUGAUUUCUGGAUGUACGAUCACUCUGGCAACAGGUGGCUUCCAAAAGCUCCUUUGCUGCGAGCCAGGAUAGGCUGCAAGCUGGUUCACUGCUGUGGAAAGCUGUAUGCCAUUGGGGGGAGAGUCUAUGAAGGAGAUGGCAGGAACUCCCUCAAGUCUGUGGAGUGCUACGACAGCCGGGAGAACUGCUGGACAGCUGUCUGUCCCAUGCCUGUGGCAAUGGAGUUUCACAGUGCUGUGGAAUAUAAGGAUAACAUCUAUGUUUUACAGGGGGAAUUUUUUCUCUGCUACGAUCCUCAGAAGGAUUACUGGGGAUUUCUGACCCCCAUGACUGUGCCUCGGCUCCAAGGCUUGGCGACGGUGUACAACGACUCCAUCUACUACAUAGCUGGGACCUGUGGGAACCAUCAGCGCAUGUUCACCGUGGAGGCCUACGACAUCGAGCAGAACAAGUGGACUCGAAAAAAAGACUUCCCGUGUGACCAGUCCAUUAAUCCAUACAUAAAACUCGUACUCCUCAAAAACAAACUCCAUCUGUUUGUCAGAGCUACUCAAGUCACUGUUGAAGAACACGUUUUCAGAACCAGCAGGAAGAAUUCUCUCUACCAGUACGAUGAGGUUACUGACCAGUGGCAGAAAGUCUACGAGACUCCAGACAAGCUCUGGGAUCUAGGCCGGCAUUUUGAAUGUGUUGUUGCUAAAUUGUAUCCGCAGUGUCUUCAGAAAGUUAUUUAAAUUUCUUUUUUUUGGUUUUUUUUUUCUCUUCGGUAACAGGCCUUAGUGAUUUCAGUGGUAAUUUGAUGCUAGAGAAAACAUGUCUUAAAAGAAAACAAAGAAAUUCUGUCAGUAUUUAUUGUAAGCUGAAACAGACAGUUUUUUGUCUGUGGGGAUGGGUGCUCUUUAAAGGUUGCAGUCUGGGGAGGGAAUUGCUGGUUCAGUUUCGUAUUUACUGAUAUCUUCCUGGGAAAUGAGAAGGAGGUUACAAAGUGCAAUUAUCAGCAUUUUUUUUUUUUCUGGUAAACACUUAAUCAUGUCAUACUAGAGGGGUGUUUUGGUGGUAAAAGCAAAUUAAGUGGAAGAGCCAGGAUAACUAUGCACUACAGUGAAAGAAAAUCUAGCAUUAAUAGCUAAGGAUGUCCAAGAUGUGUCGAAGUGACUUUUCUUUUUUUUUUCUCUUUUUUUUUAAUACGGGUAAAAUUUGAGGCAAUAUCACUAAGUUUUGUUGCUUUUUUUUUUUUUUUUAAUUUUAGAUUGAAAGUACAUACAUAGGAAUGGUAGAUCCUGAUUCAUAAUGAUCUGUUCUUUUUGUACUGUUUUUGAAGUCCUCUGAGAUGUUUGUGAUUUGUUUGUGCACUACAAUUUGGGAGAAAAGCUCAGUCAGAACUGGAUUGUGGAGUACUUUAGCCCCGGAUGGAGGCCUGUUCCUAUUGUUGUACCACUUGUUGUCUGUGGACUUUUGUUAAAAUUGAGCUUAAUGAUAGUGGGGGGGGGGAAAAAAAAUCCCACACCUGUUUUUUGCCACGUAGCUGUAGUGCUGUAAAAACAUUAUUUUUUUUUUUUAACACUGAUUAAAACCUUUUUUUCAUCCCAUAAAGGGCUUUAACCCAAAAGUUGAUGGUGCUAGUACAUUUUUAAUACUUGUUUGUCUGAAAUGGGCCAGCCUUCUGCUACUGUUUAAGACAGCCUGUUAUUUUUCAUGCAGUGUGUGUCUGUCUUCAGGCCCUGUCCUGUCAUCAGAUUGUCUUUUCUAACAUAACAUUUUUACUGCAGUGGUAUUCUUGCACAGAGUGGUGACAGGAUAUGGCCUUAAUAGUACUGGUUCUCUUUGGGUUUUUUUCUUUUUGUGUGGAGUGUUCAUUCUGUCUCCACUAAAGUCCAGUGCUGUGUGCAGAGUUGGCAUGUGCUCCAGUGAUUUGGAAAAGUGUGGCUUAACUUCACAAGUUGUUUUUCUUUUCUCUCUGCAGUCAAGCCCUCAGAUAUCUUCUCUUCCAUUCUGAUCUAUAAUGUGAAAAAUUGCACUACUGAGCUGUCAUCAUUAUCCAGUGUAUUAAAGCAAAAUUGACAAUAAAUGUCCAUGGCUUAAAUACUCUUAGAGAAAAUACAGAAUAAGCAUCCAAUGUAUUACAACACUUUGUUAUUUUUUAGCUUAUUUUUAAGAAGUAAAUAAGUUCAAAGUUCAGCCUCCACUUCAGUAGUGAAAACUGGAUUUAAAAGGGAAAAGAUGAAUUCUAAAACUUGUAUCAGCUGUAAUUUGCCAGGUUUAAUUUGUUAAUUUUUGCAGAGCUGUAAGUUAUCUUACUCUUUCCUAUUUUCUCCAACUGAUCUAAGUAAACCAGUUAACUUCACAUGGCACUGGCCAUCACUGGCUGUAAGUGCUUACCACUAUCUGACUUAACAGCUGACAUUUCAGUCAGCCAAAUAUUUAGCUCAUUGUUUAUCCCCCUGGCAUGGCUGAGGAUUUGGAUAAUGUUUGUUUACUAUGUGGUCUUACUGUUCCCGAAUGGAAUCUUUCUAAUACACGAAAAUACUCUCCUGGUUCUAUUUCUUAAUUCUUGCACAAAAUGUCUAAAAAGAAAAAAAAAAAAA